AUGGUCUUGCAGCAUAUCUUGGUACUUGUUACCCAGCUUUUUACACCUCUGUGCCUAUUACUGCCAAUGGUCCUACAAAUUUGGCUUAAUUUGGCUUCUGGAACUAUAAGUAGUGCGAGUCCUUCCCCACCACCUGUUGGAAACGGAGACAUAAUGUUGCUUCUGGAACCGGGCCGCCAUCCUCCUCGGCUGUUCACUUCUUUUCUUGUGAUCCAGUAUUGGUUCCAUCUGAUAAUUCAUGGGUUCCUGGUGUUGUUGGUGAAGUUAGACGAGGAAUGGGAAGCCAACACUCUCUUGGAGAAUCAAAUGCUGUUAACUCAGCCAAGAACAAACUAUAACUGCUGCUUCUGA